AUGCGGGGCUUUCUCGGGCAGCUGCGGCAGCUCUGGGGCGCGGCAAAGGAGCACGCUCCACCAGAUGGCGCAGCGUCCAGCACCUCCUCUCCGCAGAGCGAGGAUGCUUGGGAGGAUGCGGAGUGUCAGUGCGACACGGAGGAGGAGGACUGGGAUUGGAACCUGGUGGAGCAGGACCUGGAGGCCUUCUCGGUGCAAGAGACGCCUUCCUCUCCUCACACCACGGAGCCACCAGCUGAGCUUGUUGAGGUCGACUUGCACGAAGCUCUCACCCCGGUAGCUCGCCAGGCGGUAAGAGCCUCCCGGCCGCGAGUUCUGACGGAUCGGACGUGGAUCUCUUCUGGUAACUUCGACCAUAUCGCUUCCUUUGUAGAACCUCAGAAAUCAGCUGGUCCGGGCUUUGUUCUUGGCAAUAAGAAACGAGCCAGUUCAGCGGUGGCUGCUGAGCUAGUGAGGGGCUACGAAGACGGAUCCCGACUUCAACGGCUUGGAUCUAUAGUGAACAUUGGUGACCGUUCGAAACCUAAGAGUGUUUUGAAUCCCUCGCCCAUUAUGUUUCCAACUCAAGCUGUGGAGAUCUCCAAGGGUAAGCACCUCGACACGCGCAUUUUCAGCUACUUUUCCAUGCCCGUCGUCACAGUAGCUUGCCCCGAAGCCAACGCCUACGUGGAAACGCUCAACAGGGAUCCCGCAAGCCCUUUCCAUGUCCGGCAGACCCCCUUCCUUGUUGACUCCGGCGUCUUUAUGUUGAAAGUGAUGAAAGCAAUGGGCUUUGAGAUUCAAUGCUUCGACGAGGUCUUUAAGGGAUCUCGCUGGGAUUCAAGCACCUUCCAAAAGUUGGCGGCUGCAUUAUCCAAGUUGGACGAAGACCAGCUCAAUUUCGUUCGGAGCGCCCCCUUCACAUGGGCAGACGGUGCCGAGAAUGACUCCCACCCACGGCUUGGAACAGCAAAAGCCAUGGUUGCAGCCAUUCGGACAAAGGUGCCGAGGGAGAAAAGCUUCAUCUUGGGUGAAGAGCUAUCCGACCUCAUGGAAGUGACAGCAAGUGAAGGCUCGUGGAACUUCCAAGAGAGGGUCUUCAAAAUUGCUAUCGAUGAGACUUUGAGAGAAAAGGAUUGGAUGAAGGCUAUGGGCCCCCUCAAGGAUGACAAGGUGAAGUCUCAGGGUGGCACAUUCAGUAGCAGGAUUCCAUGA